AGCUCGCAGCAAGAAAACUGAAAUGGCGAAUUUAGCGCAGGAAACGCAUCAAAAUCUGCCGACUCUUGUCCAAUCUGUGUCAUCGUUUUACUAUUACAAUCCAUACGAGAAGCGCACAGUUGAGGUGCCCCUGAACAACUUUGAUGCAUUCAUCUCACUGCUGAAGUGUGUGAUUGGCACUGGAAUUUUGGCAAUGCCACUGGCCAUUCGAUAUUCGGGAAUUGUGUCCGGUAUGCUGCUCUCCGUGCUGCUGAUGAUUGUGCUGACGUACUGCAUCCAUUUGCUGAUCUCUGGCAUGACCGAGUGCUGUCGACGCAUCCAUGUGCCCCAAGUAUCCAUGCCACAGGCUGUCCAAAUUGCCUACGAAUUGGGCCCCAAUUGUGUGCACUGUUUUGCACGUGCCGCUGGCAUUUUGACGAGCUGUGUGUUGGUCAUGGGUCAGUUUGGUCUCUGCUGCGUUUACAUUGUGUUUGUGGCCAAGAAUUUCAAGGAGAUUGGCGACUUCUACUACAAGGACUACAACGAGCGUUACUAUAUCCUCGGUGUCUGUUUGCUGCAACUGCCAUUUUUUCUCAUACGCAGACUGAAGUAUCUGGUGCCGCUCAAUCUAAUCUCGAACAUUCUGCUCUAUGCGGGCUUCUUGUGCAUUAUGUAUUACCUGUUUCGGGGUCUGCCCAAAUUCAGUGAGCGCGCCAUGUUUAAGCCACAUUCCGAUUUAGCCAUGUUCUUUGGCAUUGCCUCUUUCUCGCUAACUGCUGUUGGAUCGAUGCUCGUCGUCGAGUCGAAUAUGGCCCAUCCGCAAAGCUAUCUGGGCCUGUGUGGCGUUCUAAAUAUGGCCGUGUUUUUCAUACUGUUUUCCAACGUGUUUUUCGGCAUAAUGGGAUAUUGGCGCUAUGGGGAGCAAGUGGAAGCCAGCAUUACACUGAACAUUCCACAAAAUGAGAUGGUCUCACAAUUCAUCAAGAUGACCAUCGCGAGUGGCAUCUUCCUGAGCUAUCCACUGAACGGUUAUGUUGUCAUAACUGUCAUUUUCAGUGACUACGAUUUGGAAGUCACCAAUAAAAGAAGUCGGAUUUUUGUGGAGAUUGCCAUACGUCUUUGUUUUCUUUUGCUCACGGGCAUUGUGGCUGCUGUGGUGCCCAAUUUAGCCGCCUUGACGGAACUGGAAGGUGCCUUUUCCUUAAGCAAUUUGAAUCUUAUCUGUCCGGCGUUGAUUGAUAUGUUUAUCAACUAUGAGGCUGGCUAUGGUCGUUUACGCUGGAAACUGAUACGUGACAUUGUGCUUAUCAUAAUUGGUAUUAUCUUUGGCAUUGUGGGCUGCGCAGUUGCCGUACAACAGUUGGUCGAAGACUUUGGCGGGACAGUUGAACACAUCCAGUCACAUUCGUAACGCUGCACUUAACAGCUAAACAUUUGGCAGGAUAUUCAGCUUGUUUCUGUGUGUUCUUCACAUUUGUGCUUGAUUGGCUGACUGUCUGCUUGGCUUUGUUGGAUUUUAAUUAAUUGCCAGCCACGUGUUGGCCAGAUGUUCUUUAUCCCAGCUAAGUUGUCCAGCUAAGCUGCUGCUAUUUUGUACUCGUAUUUGUGUCUGUAUGCCGACCACAGCGCACAUUGGCUGAGAGGGUAUAAUAAAGUUGUGCAACUUUAAGUAAUAUAAA